CCAUUUAUAUCCGGCCUUAUGGAAAUUUAUCUCCUUCGGCUUCAUGUGGACGACACCGUCACUAAAUAACAGACAAAUUACCAAAAUAUGGUGAAUUGAUAUCAAGAUGGAGCAGAAAUCAGAAUACCUGUCCAUAAAUCUUUGUGUGCCCUUUCCAUCCAAAGAGGAGGCCACUAUUGCCUAUGGGUCUCUAAGUGUGGAUAAGGAGCCUAAAAGGGGAGGUGGAAAAAAGUCCAUGGUAGUCAAGGAUAACCAACUCCAUGUUCAUUUUGAAGCAAAAGAAGCAAGACUGUUACGUGUCAGUGUGAAUUCCUUUUUCGAAUACCUGAAUUUAGUGGUACAGACUAUGGAUCAAUUUGGACCCCCUUUGCCAGCCACUACAUAGUAGAUCAGGAUGACCGGAGGUCCGGUAUCUGUGUCACAUUUGACGACACAUCUUGGCAGCAGCGAGAAAUCUCAGCGAAAAUGAUUCAUAUUAGACAUUUCAUAAUUGUUCACGAGUGUUUGUUAUUUCAUGACCAUGGGAAAAUUGGGUGUGGACAUAGACUCAACCUGUCAGUCAUGCAGCAAUUGAAGAGACUAUUGGAUGUGUCCUUUGCUUACAAACUCAAAUAGCAUAUUUCUGCAGGACAGAAAUAUUGUGGAGUGUUUUAAGGUUAAUUAUAUUGAAAGGUGUUUCAAUUGUUCUUUUUAAUGCUCAAAGUACCAUCGAAACAACAUUUUGCAGGGGUGGAAUUAACCGCUAGCUCGUGGCAGGUGGUUUUCUGGGCGGACCUGUAGGUUUUUCAACAAGCUUUCCCGCAGGGCCAGUAGCUAUUUUGGAAAGGAUUUGGGGCAUUUAUGGGUUCUUUUCGGUCUCAUAAAAAUUAAAAAAUAUAACCUUGAAUUGAUUUAUCAACUUCUGUUAUAAACAUCAUAUAUUGGUUAAUUGGGGCUAUCUUUCUUGGUGCAGAAUAUUUUCAAAGUGCAUGCGUUAAUACCCUACCAUAGCAACAAAAUUGUGUUGCUAUGCAGAAAUAGCCAAAGUAUGAUGUUUUGGGACAGUUAGCAUGCAGAAAGGAAAACCUCUGUAAGUGACAAACAAGAAUUCCUUUCUAUAAAUGAACACUGGUAUGACAAUGUUCAAGCAUGUCAGAUAUUUAUUUGUU